AUGGAUGAUCUACGCGAAUACAAUCCCGAGAAGGCAUUAGAAACGAAAACAAUACCAAACGAAACGAUUCCUGCCUUUGAACAGGCCUUAAAAGAAGUAAUUAAGCAUGUCAAACAUCCGAUACGACAUCAGAUCGACGACGACCAACAAUUUCAUAUUGGAUUCAAGGGAAGUUUUGGAUCUAACCACGUCAGUCCACGAACGCUGAGAUCCAUUUAUCUGGGACAGUUGAUUUGUAUAGAGGGUAUUGUCACUAAAUGUGGCCUCGUUCGCCCCAAACUAGUCAAAAGCGUCCAUCAUUGCGAGAAAACCGGAAGUUAUUAUGCUAGAGAAUACCGAGAUUCUACUAUGCUUGGUAGCUCGCAACCGACAACGGUUACAUAUCCAACAGAAGAUGAUAAUGGCAAUCCGCUUACAACGGAGUUUGGAUUCUGUUCCUUUUGUGAUCAUCAAGUAAUUUCUAUCCAAGAAAUGCCAGAGAGGGCGCCAGUCGGACAAUUAAGUAGAUCGUUUGAUAUCAUCCUUGAUGAUGAUUUAGUCGAUUCAGUCAAGCCUGGAGAUCGUAUUCAACUUGUCGGCAUCUUUCGGUCUUUGGGGAACCGAAAUAAGGGAGCUACUUCUGCUACAUUCAGGACUAUAAUUAUCGCUCAAAGUGUCAACGUACUAUCAGGGAAAGACAUUGGCCAGACUGUAAUGACAGAGAAGGAUAUUAAUAACAUCAAGAAGUUAGCAAGGACCAAGAAGCACUUAUUUGAUCUGCUUGCCCGAUCAGUUGCUCCGUCUAUAUUUGGACAUGACUAUAUAAAGAAGGCUAUAUUGUUGAUGCUUCUUGGGGGAAUGGAGAAAAAUUUAACAAAUGGCAUUCAUAUAAGAGGGGAUAUAAACAUGCUAAUGGUAGGCGAUCCCUCGACGGCAAAAUCUCAACUUCUUCGAUAUGUCCUCAACAUCGCCCCUCUUGCCAUCGCUACAACGGGUCGCGGAUCGUCGGGCGUUGGCCUGACUGCAGCAGUCACAUCAGAUAAAGAAACGGGUGAAAGACAGCUUGAGGCAGGAGCCAUGGUACUCGGCGAUCGUGGAAUUGUUUGCAUUGACGAAUUUGAUAAAAUGAGUGAUAUCGAUAGAGUAUCCAUUCAUGAAGUAAUGGAACAGCAGACUGUAACCAUUGCUAAGGCUGGGAUACACACCUCAUUGAAUGCAAGAUGUAGUGUUAUUGCUGCCGCUAAUCCCGUUUACGGACAGUAUGAUGUUCAUAAACACCCGGCACAGAAUAUUGCCCUUCCCGAUUCUCUUCUCUCAAGAUUUGAUCUUUUAUUUGUCGUCACCGAUGAAAUAAAUGAUGCUCGUGAUCGAAUGAUCUCUGAUCACGUUCUUCGUAUGCAUCGAUAUCAACCGCCAAGCGUAGAACAAGGUGUUCCGAUCAGUGAUACGCCUUGUGAGCGAAUUCUAAUGGGAGAGAAGGAAGAAGAAUUACAAGAAACUCCAGUGUAUGAGAAGUUUAACGAGUUACUGCAUGCUAACUUGCUGGCUAUGCAGACUACCCAACCGAAGAAACCAUCUCAAAAAAAACCAAAGAAUCUUGAAAUCCUCACUACACCAUUUCUGAGGAAGUACAUCCAAUAUGCUAAGGCUGAAAUAAAUCCCGAAUUAAGUACCGAAGCUGCAGAUUAUAUUGUCUCUGUAUUUUCGGAUUUACGUAAUAAUGAUCCCGCUGCUAAUCAAGCUAAGACAACGCCAAUGACAGCCCGUACAUUGGAAACACUGAUUCGUCUAGCAACAGCCCAUGCAAAAUCACGUACCAACAACGAUGCCAACGACGCCAACAAUGGUGUCAGCAAUGGUGUCAGCAAUGGUGUCAACGAUGGUGUCAACAAUGGUGUCACCAAUGGUGCCAACAACGAUGCUAUUCCCGAGCAAGGUCCCUCAGAGCAACGGUCGCAUUUUGAAACACCAAGGUUCAAAUUAUUCCAAGAUAGGAUGGGAGAUGUCACCUCUUCGGAGUUGUUUGAUGGUCAAAUGAUACUGACAACAAUGCUGGCCGAGAUAAAUAACGGUUUGCCGGAUGAAGACCAAUUUAGUGUUACCGAAGCAGAGUCAGCAUUGCAAGUGAUGGCUGACAGGAAUCAAAUCAUGUAUAGUGGCGGGAUUGUCUAUAGGAUAUAA